AGAAGUAACUCGAGAGCGUAAACCUACCCUCUCUCUCUCUCUCUCGCUACUCGUGUUAUCGAUAAAAGAUUCUCAGAUCCAAUAGUUGCCGCUCAGAAUCUCCGAGAUCCUUCAUCCGUACUCCAAUGGCGGAAACCGCGGCUCCUCAAACUCCGUCUCUCUCCGAGCAAUAUCUGUUGGAGAAAAACGAGAAACAAGAGUCAAAUUCUAAGUCUGUGGAAGUGAAAGAGGCAGCACCUGUAGUCUCCACUCAGACCGAAGAGGGCCCUGCUGAAGAAAGCAGCCCAGCUCCUGCAGUUGAAGAGAAGAACGAAUCUCCUGUUUCCACAGAAGAAAGUACCGAGGCUCCUGCUUUGGCUGAAGAAACUCCUGCUGCUGAAGAGAAUAGUGACGAAAAUUCCAGUGAAGAAGUUGCUGAGGAGGAAGCCUCCGAGAUCAAGCUUGAGACAGCCCCAGCAGACUUCCGUUUCCCCACAACAAACCAAACAAGGCAUUGCUUCACUCGUUACAUUGAGUAUCACAGGUGUGUGGCUGCCAAGGGUGAAGGUGCUGAAGAAUGUGAUAAGUUUGCAAAAUAUUAUCGCUCUCUCUGUCCCAGCGAAUGGGUAGAGAGGUGGAACGAGCAAAGGGAGAAUGGGACUUUCCCGGGGCCUCUGUAAGAGAGUCGAGCCACAGCCCUUACAAUCGUCUUGCCGCCCUAAUUUCAGGUUCAACAAUGUGAAUCCCGCAUUGUACUUUUCUCUUUCGUUUGAUGGAAAGGUGAAUUCUUGGGGGGAGUUCCCAACUGCUGAGUAUAGUAAUAAGGUUAUUACAUCACCCUGUAUCGGUUUUUUUUACAAGCUAACCCAGCCAUAAAAGCGUGAGGUUUUCUUGGCCGUCUACAAUAACUUCAAUGCUUCAGUUGCAGAGGAUCAUAUUCA